AGGCUGAACGGUACAGAAAGGGAGGACGACCCCCCGCCUGGUCGGUCUUGCGGGUUAAGUGAGAAGCACUGACGACUGAAGAGGCUGUACGGGGGCGCAAGGGGCCACUUGUUAUCAUCAGGGGUGCUGUUGAUUACGCCACUGCCCCGCUUGCCCCGGGUCCCACUUGUGCGCAAAGGGAAAUCCAAGGGGAGAUGGAGGCCAGCGGGAAUUUCUCAAACCAAGUGGUCCCCAUCUGCGGCGGGCAGGAAGGGCGACCCCGCGCAGCCACUUUCAGGUCCUGCGAGCGGCGUUAGGCCGGAGACUCCCGUCCUGCAGCCCAGCGAGCCCAAAGUUCGUCUACCGGGUUCGCGCGGAGGAGCUCGCCCACAGGCCAAAAGCUCCAGCAGCAGACACGCCCCACUGCGGGCAACUUGACGUCUGAGAGGCGCCAUUUCCGCCCUCAUCCUGGGCCUAAAGAGAGGGGGCGGAGCCUAGCGGAAAGCGCUCUGCUUGUACGUCACGUCCGGUGAGCCUAGUGGCGACAACGGCAACAUGGCUCUGAACGGUGCUGGUGAGGGUCUGGGCUGUGGGGGCCUAUGGUUGAAGGGUGCAGGAGGUAGCCCGCUCGGGAAAGACCCCUCUGUCUCUUGUGCCUCUCUUCCCCCAGAAGUCGACGAUUUCUCCUGGGAGCCCCCAACCGAAGCGGAGACGAAGGUUCUGCAAGCGCGAAGGGAGCGACAGGAUCGCAUCUCCCGGCUCAUGGGCGACUACCUGCUGCGUGGUUACCGCAUGCUGGGCGAGACGUGCGCGGACUGCGGGACGAUCCUCCUCCAAGAUAAACAGCGGAAAAUCUACUGCGUGGCUUGCCAGGAGCUCGACUCAGACGUGGAUAAAGAUAAUCCGGCUUUGAAUGCCCAGGCUGCCCUCUCCCAAGCUCGGGAACACCAGCUUGCCUCUGCCUCGGAGCUCCCCUCUGGCUCGCGGCCAGCCCCUCAGCCCCCAGUACCCCGUCCAGAGCACUGUGAGGGAGCUGCAGCAGGGCUUAAGGCAGCCCAGGGGCCGCCCCCUCCUGUUGUGCCUCCAAAUGCAGAUGUCCUGGCUUGCACACAGGAGGCCCUCCUGCAGAAGCUAACUUGGGCCUCAGCUGAGCUGGGCCCUAGCACCUCCCUGGAGACCAGCAUCCAGCUGUGUAGCCUAAUCCGGGCUUGUGCUGAGGCUCUGCGCAGCCUGCGGCAGCUGCAACACUGAGAGGCCCCUCCUGAGAAAAACCCUCUAGAAAAACA